AUGGCCUUGGGAGCAUUCAAAGCAAUUGCUAGUGUGUUUGCCGACAUCAAUGCGUGCCAUGACUUCUUUACCUGGGUCACACCAGGCAUCGUAAAGGCUAGACAUCAGCUGCUAGCCCAAGACAAUAUGGCUUCCCACCACCAGAUUUGUGAGGUGAGGGAUCAGCUUUGGCAGCUGGAGAACGACCUAUGGAAGCUCCGAACAACUGUGGCGCCCAAGAUGCUUGACCUCAUUGAUCGGGUCGAGUGGCAGAGCCAUAAGAAACCAGCAGCUGACCUCCUCCCGCAUAUCGAGGAUGUAGUGUAUGAUGCUGAGGACCUCCUCGAUGAGUUUGAUUAUUAUGCGAUCAAGUUGCGGGUUGAGCAGAGCAAGAAUUCUGACCAAGUUCACAUGGAAGCUGCCUUUCUGCAGUUCUACAACAGUAUCAAGGAGGACUGUGGCCACUUCAACAAAGUGAAUGAAAUUCAAGUUAAGCUAGAUCAUUUAUAUGAACAGUCCAGGGACUUGGGCUUCCAUCAAGCACCACAGAGGUUUGACAGAUCUAUCAGGCCAGAAACAUGUUCUUUCUCUGAUGAGCCACAAAUAUUUGGUCGUGAAAAAGAACGGAAGCAGUUGGUGCAGAAGCUAGGAGUGCGUGCACACAAGAGAGGCAGGGCUGAUGGUAAAGAGAGAAUGGUGGAGUUGCCUGUGUUGCCAAUCGUUGGCCUAGGGGGUGUCGGGAAGACAACCAUGGCUCAACAAAUCUGUAAUGAUGCAAAGGUGAAGCUACAUUUUGACUGCAUAAUUUGGACAUGUGUUUCAGAUGAUUUUGACAUAAAGAGGUUAACUAGAGAGAUUUUGCAGCAUUUCGGAAAGGAUACACCACCUGAUACUAAUCUGAACAUCCUAAUGACAAAUCUAGCUACUAAUCUCAAGUCAAAAAAGUUCUUACUUGUCCUUGAUGACAUGUGGGAUGAUAUCUUGAAAAAAGGCAGGGUGGUAUGGAAGAGAUUUUGUAAACCUUUGGAAAAUGGUCUUCAGGGAAGUGUGAUUUUGGUCACCACUAGAUCUUCCGAGGUUGCUGAUCUAGUCGGUACCAUGAACCACAACGAAUUAGCGGGUUUGCCAGAUGAUAUUUUGUGGAAUUUCUUCAAACUACAAGCAUUUGGAUCCCAGAGUUCUUGCAAUGACCCAGAGUUGGAGAACAUAGGUAAAGCUAUACUUCCAAAGUUGAAAGGUUCUCCUUUAGCUGCCAAAACUCUUGGACGCUUGUUGAAUAGGGACAUAAACACAAGACACUGGAAAUAUAUACUAGAAAGUGAGCUCUGGCAAUUAGAACAAGAUGCGACCGACAUUUUGCCAGCCCUUCGGCUCAGCUAUAUGUACCUACCACCACAUUUGAAGAGAUGCUUCUCAAUUUGUGCAUUAUAUCCGAAGGAUCACAUAUUUGGGAAGGAGUUUUUAGUCAACAUUUGGACAUCACAUGGGUAUGUGCAACCUCAAGGUGCAUCCUUUUGCUUUGAUGACCUUGCAAAUCGGUCAUUCUUUCAAAGAGAUAAUGUUGGCUACUCUGAAUUGAAGAGCAUAUGCAACAAGAAAAAAUUGCGGUCCCUGGUUUGGUAUGGUCACAGUCCAACCAAUUUUGCGGCAGUGAUUGACUCUUGGUUCAGGGAACUCUUGAAAAUUUGUGUAUUGAUUUUUGAGGCUUUCAGAGUAAGAGAGCUACCUGAGAGCAUGGGCAGUUCAAAGCAUCUGCGUUACCUUUGUUUAAACGGAUGUUCAUAUACUCUUAUUCUCCCCUCAUCGAUUCAUUGCCUACUUCAUCUCAAAACAAUAGAAGUUGGUGAUUGUGAGUUUAAAAGCUUCCCUCAAGGCUUUAGUGAUGUCAUCAGCUUACAGAAAAUUAAAUCAGUGCAUCUUGAUUAUAACAAGGACCACUCUGACAGACUCUGUCUAAAUUGGCUACUUGGUGGAAUUAGUGGUGAGAAGCAGGUACAGAUGAUGGAACAAUUACCUCAUUGGAAUCUCCAACAUCUGAUCAUAAAGGAUUACGCAGGUGGAUCGUGUCCUUCCUGGCUCCGGCCUAAUCUCCUGCCAAGGUUACGUCAACUUAAAUUCAUUUCAUGCUGUAACAUUCAGAACAUACCGUUCUUUGAACCACUCUAUCAUGAAGAAAUGUCAGACAACCUUCAUCAUCUUCAAGAGUUAUAUAUCGACAAUUGUAAUUCCCUUACAUCUAUUGGAGUCUCUGCAGCAAGCGGCAGCAGUAGCAGCAGUGUUGGAGAAUUAUCAUCCUUUGCUAGACUAAUUAUUAUCGGGUGCGGAGGAUUAUUUAGUCUUGAUGAAUUCCUAAAACCAGAUUAUGUACCUGCCUUGAAGACCAUUCUUAUUCAAUCUUGUCCAGAGUUGACGUCGCUUCCGGCUAAUAGGCUGCACGGUUUUUCUUGUUUGAAUGAGAUUUCUAUUGAUUAUUGUCCUAAGUUGAAUACCCAAAGGGAAAUGAUAUUACCAUCCUCUCUUAAGAAUCUCUGGCUGAUGCAAUGUGGAGGAAUAGAAACCAUCAACUUCCGCCAGUUGGGGAGUUCUCCAGCACUGAAAGGACUGUCUAUUGUAGAUUGCCCAGACUUCAGGUCGAUUGAUGUUGCAAUAAAUGUUGCAUAUUUCUUGUUGUCCCCAGUUGACAGAAAUACAACAACCUUUUCAACAGGGUGA